AUGUAUAGGGUGAGUUACCUGGAGAAGAAGGUGACAGAGCUGGAGAAUGACAGUCUGGCUAAUGGAGACCUCAAGUCUAAACUCAAACAGGGCAACACCCAGCUAGUACACAGGGUUCAUGAGUUGGAGGAGCAGCUGAAGGACCAGGAGAGCAGAGCAGAACAGACCCUGCAGGAAGAGACACAUAGACACAGAGAGACCUACUGCAAGAUGGAGAGAGACAAGAACACUGACAUAGAGCUGCUCAGUAACAGAGUUCAGCAGCUGGAGGAGGAGAAUGGAGAGAUGAUGAACGUGUGUAAACUGAAGUCUCAGACUGAGAAACUAGACCAGGAGAAGCAGCGUAUGACAGACCUUGAGGACACCAGUCUGAGGCUGAAGGAUGAGAUGGACCUCUACAGGAAGAUGAUGGACAAGCUGUGGCAGAACAGACAUGAAUUCCAGAAGGAGAGAGAGGCCAUGCAAGAGUUGAUAGAGGACCUGCGUCGGGAGUUGGAGCACCUGCAGCUGUUUAAGCUGGGUUCAGAGGCGGGGCGGGGGGCGGGGCUAUCAGAAUACAACGCCAAGACACGGGAAAUAGAGAUGGAGCAUGAGGUCAAGAGACUCAAACAGGAGAACUUUAAGCUGCGGGACCAGAACGAUGACCUGAACAGUCAGAUCCUCAGUCUGAGUCUGUAUGAAGCUAAGAACCUGUUUGCCAGCCACACCAAGGCCCAGUCACUGGCUGCUGAGAUAGACAACGCUUCUAGGGACGAGUUGGUGGAUGCUCUGAAGGAACAGGAGUGUGUUAACUUCCGUCUGAGACAGUAUAGGAAAAAUCAUCCUGCCAUUCUGGCAAACCCCUCUAUCCUGGAAUCAAAAUUUGAGAGGUCUGAUGAGGUGUGUCCUAUACAACUGUGUUCAGGUCUGAUGAGGUGUGUCCCCUAUAUCAAACUGUGUUCAGGUCUGAAUGGAGGUCUGAUGAGGUGUGUCCCCUAUAUCAACUUGUGUUCAGGUCUGAUGAGGUGUGUCCCUAUAUCACAUGUGUUCAGGUCUGAUGAGGUGUGUCCUAUAUUCAGCCCUGUGUUCAGCCGUGUGGCGUUUUUAGCCCAGGCAUCCUGCCCUGCAGGUCAUCCAGUGCCCUUUCCCCAGGGGGGCCUUCCUCUCAUCAACAGCCCAAGAGGAGCCUCUUCCCAGGGGGCUCUUCCUCUCAAUCCACAGCCCAAGAGGAGCCUCUACCCCAUGGGAUAG